CCGCUUGAUGAUGCCGGGUCCGGCACAUCAUCAAGGGAGCCUUAGCCUCGGCGAGUACAAGAAUACUUGGGUAAGUUCACUAAUUUCUUCAUUCUUUCUAAAGCUAUAUUUUUAAUUCUUACUAAUCAUCUUGUUGACUUCUUGGCAGUCGGAGUCUCAUUCAGGCCAGUCUUGCAAUGACUUCACAGCGUACGCCAUGUCUCACAUGGGCAGGGCGACGUCGGACGUGGCCUACAACCCGGCGGCUCCACCAGAGGCCUACACAAACCCAAGCAUCCACGCGCGCAUCAAUGCGUACACGGAGGUGGGAAGGGCGCUCCACAGGGAGACUUGGGAUCUGACCACCGCACAACUCUCCGGAGAAGCCAUCAUGAGGGCGGGACAAGGGAAGAAGCACGGGCGGUACUUGAUCGCCAACAGCUUGGUCGACACGACGAGUACGCCCAGUCUCUCGCAGCUUAGGGCAAGUACCACCGACUCGACCCCGCCCAUACGCCCACGGCCUGAGACUUCAGUGGCCAGCAUGCACCAGAGACAGGCCGAGAUGGAGGCAAAGUUUGAGGAGGAGAGGAGGUGCCGAAUGGAGAUCGAGGCCAAGCUAGAGCAGGAGCGGAAGCUGAGGGAGGAGCAGUCAGCUAUGUUGCACAGCAUGGUCACCUGGAUGCAAGGACUUGGCGCGACGAUGAACUAUGCGACGCCGCCUCCUCCCUUCGCCUUACCAGCUCAGCCUUACUUUCCUGCAGGACCUUCUGACACUCCCGAGAAAUCAGUCGUGGAACGCAUCGAACGACCCUCCUUCGGACCAGAACUCGCCGGCGGCCCCGUGGCAAUCUUGGCCCCCCCCUCCACCUGA